AUCUCAACUAUGGCUCUCCGCGGCGUCCGCGUUCUCGAGUUCCAGGGCAUCGGCCCGGCCCCCUUCGCGACGAUGGUGCUUGCCGACUACGGAGCCAAAGUCGUGCGGAUCGACCGCAAGCCCGGUCCCAGCGGUGACGUGACCUCGCGCGGCAAGAGCUCUGUAGUGGUGGAUGUUAAGAACCCCGCCGGAAAAGCCGCGAUCCGCAGCAUGAUCAAGCAAGCCGACGUGCUGAUCGACCCUUACCGCCCGGGCGUGAUGGAGAAGCUGGGCUUCGGGCCAGCCGAGUGUGCGCAGCUGAACCCGCGCCUGAUCUUUGCGCGCAUGGUCGGCUUUUCGCCCACGUCGCCGUACGGCAAAAUGGCGGGGCACGACAUCAACUACGUGGCCGUGUCCGGCGUGCUCGACAUGAUCCGCAGCAAGACCGGGGAGCCCACGCCCCCCAUGAACAUCCUCGGCGACUUCGCCGGCGGCGGCAUCAUGCUCGUGCAGGGCAUUCUGCUCGCGCUGCUCGAGCGCGCAUCCUCUGGAAAGGGCCAGGUCGUCAAGACCGACAUGGUGAACGGCGCGCGCUACAUCUCCUCGUUCCCCCUCCUCUUUGCCCACCCCUCCAACACCAACAGUACCCUCGGGUGGCACCAGCCACCCGGGCAGAACACGCUCGACGGCGGAUGCCCGUACUACAACGUAUACAAGUGCCGCGACGGCGGAUACAUGACUGUGGGAUGCCUUGAACCGCAGUUCUUCGCCGAGUUCUCCCGCCUCAUCCGCCCCUUCUUGCAGGGCGACGACGAGAUCGCCGCCCUCGACCCCCGCAACCAGACCAACCAGGCGCUCUGGGGCAAGAUGCGCCUCGCGCUCACACGCGUCUUCCUGACUAACGACCGCGACGAGUGGGCCCGCGUCUUCCACGGCACUGAUGCGUGCUCCCUUCCCGUCCUCACCAAGCUCGAGGUCACGCAGAACGAGCUCGGCGGUGCAAAGUAUGCCCAGCCUGUGCCCGAGGGCAGCAUGCUCCCGCCCGCGCCACACCCGAUCCUCGAGCGCACACCCGCCAACCCGCCCCCAGCGUACACC